CAACACAGGCAGCAGUAAAUAUGGCAGACAGAGUCUUGUCCACAGAUGCUCACAAACUUAAUGUUUAUCAGGAGCUGCUCAGGCUUUGAAUGCAGUCCGUCAGAGCUGUUUGAGGCGAGGUCCCGGAGCCACAAGAUACCAGUGAGGGGUCAGAAAGACUUCCUGCCCGAUGGGUCCGAGAAGCAGACGGCUCGUCUGCAGCAAAGUCUGGACGAGCACUGGACGCUCCUGGCCGAGGAGAGGGUGGAGAGACUAGGGAAUUUAGUGAAAGCUGUCUGGACCCCUGAGGAAGGACUAGUGGAAUUGCAGUCUCCAGCAGGGAAAUUUUGGCAGACGAUGGGUUUUUCAGAGAGAGGCAAGCAGUGCCUGCGUCCCGAAGAGGCUCUCUACCUCAUGGAAUGUGGCAAUGUGCAGGUGUUUUACCGGGACCUUCCGUUGUCCAUUCAGGAGGGAUAUGAGCGCUUUCUCUCCGCUGAGACUGUGACUCUUCAUCAGUAUCAGGUGUUUGGACAUUUGAAAAGGCUUGGGUAUGUUGUGAACAGAUUUGACCCCAGUUUAGUCCCAUCCACAUAUGAGAGACAGCUGAAUCUGCCCGCAUCAUCAUGGGACAAGCAGAGAAAACAGCUGAAGAGGAAACGCUCUCAAAGUCCUGUGUCCAGUGACAAACAGAACACGUCACCAGUGGAGAAGACGACAGCCGAAGACCGAAGUGACGAGCUAGUUAAGAGCAGCGAAUCGCCCCUGCGGUCCGCUGAUGCCUCUGACAGGACGUGGUGGAUGGAGAGGGAUGUCCAGCCUCCACCUCCUCAAUCCCAGAGCGCAGCUCCUCGCUGGGACUUCAGCAGCAUCUCUUUCCCAGACCUGGGCUCCCAUAGGAGCCGCUCCGUGUGCCUGGCGUCCCCAGACCGUAGCCUAUUACCCGGCGCUCUGGAGGUGGGCGACUGUGACGUGGCUCCGUGGCUCAGCAGACUCAACAUGAAGCAGGAGAAGCUGUCGCGGCGGGACAGGGAGCGCCAGAGAGAGAGCGAUCGCUACCGCAGGGAUGUUAACAGCGACCGAGAGGUGCGGCGCUGCAGGAACUGGGCGGAGUAUUUCCAGCUGAUGGAGGACAGGAGGAGACGGGGACGGAAAGAAAGACCCGCGCAUCUGUGGGAGAGGGAGGUGACGCCGCUCACUCAGCCCGGCCAGUGCGCCUCGCACCGUGAACUGCUGGACCAGAUCAGCAUUGUCAAGUCUUCGAGCUGGUCUGAGGGGGUUUCCAGGUUGUCCCCGUCAGACCAGUGGAAGAUUAGUUUUGAUGUUUACCAACCGGACACGGUGGCGGAGUUUAAAAAGAGCCAUCCUGGAAAGCCUUACAGCCGCAUGUGUGUCUGCAGUUUUGACGGUCCCGUGCCUGAUCUGCAUGCCAUGAAGCAGCUGUCCUUCCAAAGUGGAGAUGUCCCAGUAACGUUUGCAGUGGUGGAUCAUGGUGACAUCUCUUUUUACUGCUUCAAGGAUUUCAAACUUCCUACCGAUGUGUAUUAAAGGAGCAUAUCUAUAACUGUAUGGGAAAAAAUGUGUAUCUCAGGGUAUUAGUGUUAGUUCACCCAAAAAUGAAAGUUCUGUCAUCUUUUGCUCAUCCUCAUUGACUUCCAUUGUAUUUUUUGACUUCAUUUGGAAGUCCAUGUUUGAUUUACAACAUUUUUCAAAAUAUCAUCUUUUGUGUUUCACAGAAGAAAGAAAAUCAUACAUGUUUGAACGACAUGAGGGUGAGUAAAUGGUGGCAGAAUUUACAUCUUUGGGUGCACUAACCCUUUAAUUACAUUUUAAUAGAAAACUGUUAAGAAUUUGUCAUGUGCAAGUUAUGCCAAAAUACUACACCAGCAUUUAUGACAUCAAAAAUAUCUAUUGUUUGGACAGAAAACAUUAAAGCCUACUUUGGUCAUUUAAUAAUGUAUUGUCUUCAGGAUCAUCUCUACUCGUUGGAUUUCAUUAAAAUGGUUUUUAUCGAAGAAACAUUUCAUUUUGAAAAAGCUUUCAGGGUAUCAUGUUUAAGUUUUGUUUUUGGAUUUGUUUGUGUACUACAUAUUGGGAAUAAUAUUUGGAUAUCUUGGACCGGUUCACAUAUAUUGGUGAUGGUGGUUCUUCAUCAUUCUCUGUUUAUUUAUUACUGUGCUUCAGUGGAAAGGCCGCCACAAUACAAAUAUUGUGUAAUGAAUUGUAAAGAUAGAUGAGCAUUUCAAAUGGUUAAAGUUUGGCAUUGGAAUUAAACGAAUAACUCAAUAGAACAA